AAUGCGACCCAGACAAAAAGAAUGUAGAGUGUAAGGCAAAAUAUAGGACAAUCUGUUUGUUACAUGUCGGUACAUUUGAAUAGACAAUUAAGAUAAACAAUAUACUGUAGUGAUUCAUCAGUGUAUGUUUGCUAUAGUGUAUACCGUACUUUUCAGUAAUUUUUUUUUUUUAGGUACAAUGUUUUCCAUGGAAUUACUAGAGCCAAAAGCGAGGCAGAAGGAAUGAUAAAAGACAAGAUAGCAGAGCUUGAAAGAUGGCAUUUGCAACAUGAUCUUGCUUUGGAGACAACAAGGGGUAGGCAGCUUGCCAUCAUGGUUGCAGAAAUGGACAACAAGUUGCAAUUAAAGCCAACAUUCCAUGCUGCUGCUGUUGCUGUUAUGAAGAAUGCUGGCCAAGGCCAAGUUAUCUCGCAGUGUGAGCUUAUGGAGGGAGAGUUAAAUGGACUGUUGACUCAACGUAGAGCAUGUAUUAAGAGUUGUUUGGAAACCCUUCAAACUUAUGCUGCUAUGAUCACAACGUUUCCAAAGAACUUUGCAGAGAUGAAUCGUGCAUUUGUUUGGCAUGCAUGGUUGCAAGACCUGAUGUCUGAUUUUACCUCUGCAAAGUGCAAAGCAUUGAUGCAGACGUUUCACAGUAGGUAUUCGCAGGCAGAUGAAAACAAAGUAACUCACAUAUUAAGAGUGGAAACCAAGUUGCAUGAACUGAUGUUAGAAGCUAACAAGAAGAUGGUCAGAGCAGCAGAAAAGGCUGCUGCUACUGACAACAUAGAUGUGAGCAAGGUUGAAGAAGCACAGACUGCUGUUAUCAUCCGCAUUAACACCUUCCUUCAAGAAAAUGGCGAUGCUGGAGUCCACAGCUUGAGGGCAGUUGUCAUGAAUGCACUGUGUUCUUUCAAUAGAAGAUCUUUGAUUAUGGAAGGUGCUGUGGCUGGUGAGUUCCUCUCAAUUCAGUGAUAUGCAUCAAAUAAAAAGAAAUAAUAGUAGGUAGG